AUGCCUACAAUCAAAGUAUCACACAGAAACAAAAACAAAGAGAUAACACUGGUUUGUAAGGACAACGAAAGCGUAGGAGGCGUUCGAGCCAUGUUGAUGAGCAAUAAGUUCGUAACAUCUGUUGAAAACUGUGUUCUGACAUGCAAUGGAAUUGGAAUCAAGGACAGUGAUGUGGUAGUGGAUGAAAUGCAUCUGGUUGUUCAGGACAACAGCAACUCGACGUACAUUGAUCCCGAUGACUCGAAUAUACUAAUAAAUAACGGAAAGAGAUACAGAAUCAAGGAAAUCAGAAAGAAACUCACAUACAAGGAGCGAAUUGAUCGGAUGAGAAAUAGAACUCGUAGAACAAUCAAUAGAGUGGUGCAGCAGUAUGCGACACUCACGAACGUGAAUAUGGCGAUUAUGAUGGCAUUUCUGGCCAAAUUCAACACGCAAAUGUUCAUGUUUGUUCUCUUUAUAAAAAUGAUACGAUUUUUCAGUAGAAGCCUGAACGACCCUGAGGAGUGGAAGCAGAUGAACAGAUGGGUCAAGGUGCCACUGAUGUUCUUCUGCUCCCUCUUCUUCAUAGAUCACCAGCGCUUCAUCCAGAAGGAGUAG